AUGCCGGUCACUCAAUCAUCUUCUGGGGGUGCUCCAAAUCCCCCGAAAACUGUAUUGGUAACGGGAGGCUCCGGUUUCCUAGCUUCUCAUGUCGUCCGCGAGCUAUUACAACAAGGCUAUUCUGUCCGAGUCACUGUUCGAUCCGAGGCUAUGGUAAAGAAUGUCCCCCAAGCACAUGCUCUGGAUUUUCAACGGCUUUCAUGUAUUCUCGUUCCAGAUAUGACUGUCCCGGGUGCAUACGACACAGCUGUCCAAGGUGUCACCGGGGUGUUUCAUAUAUCUUCACCCUUUACAUUUACCACGACAGAAAACACCAAUGAUCUCCUUAUCCCAGCCGUAUCUGGGACUCGAGGCGUCUUGCAGUCCAUCAAAAAUUAUGGCCCAGAUGUCAAGCGGGUUGUGUUAACGUCGUCGGGAGGCGCGAUGAUCGAUCCAACUCUUGCCUUUGACCGUGAUCAUCUUUAUACCGAAGAUAACUAG